AGGUACCGCCAUCGAACUUCAGGGACACAAUGAGAAGGUCCAGGGCCUAUGCUACGCGCCACACACACGUCAGCUGAUCUCCUGCAGCUCAGAUGGAGGCAUCGUCAUCUGGAACAUGGACUUGACCAGACAGGAGACCCCAGAGUGGCUGGACAGUGACUCGUGUCAGAAGUGUGAGCAGCCAUUCUUCUGGAACUUCAAACAGAUGUGGGACAGUAAGACGAUCGGCCUGCGCCAGCACCACUGCAGGAAGUGUGGGCAGGCAGUGUGUGGGAAGUGCUCGGCCAAGCGCUCCACCAUCCCUCUCAUGGGCUUCGAGUUCGAGGUGCGGGUGUGUGACAGCUGCCACGAGUCCAUCACGGACGAGGAGUGA